AUGCCCGCCAGGUCAGGGGCAGCCUACCACCGGGCAGACAACCCACCCAGCAUGACCUCGUCACGCCCCUCUGACCAGACCGACUCGAGCAGCAGCUCCUCGUCUCAAAAGUACUACACCAUGCCACACCCACAACAAGCACGCGGCUACAACAGCGCUCGUGGCGGCGCACCCGCAGCCCCCUUGCUCACGGAUCAAGACGAUGACGACGACUUCCUCUACUCCGAUAAAGAGCUCGAUCGGCACUCCGGCUCGUGCGUCAGCAUCCGCGGUCUGCUCAAUGUGCUCACGCUCAUCCUGCUCGCUCUCGGCCUGCUAGCGCUCUUUCUCGGCUACCCGCUCGUUGUCGUGCUCAGCAAAGUGUUCGAUACGAUCGAUAUUAAUCCUUCAAGUGCGCAACGCCUCACGAACUUGACGCAGCGUGGGUUGAUUGAUCCAGACACCCCGCAGUCGGCUAUGAAGCGCACUUCGCCCGUCGACGGGAGUGGAUGGCAUCUUGUGUUUUCGGACGAGUUUGAAGAGGAAGGCCGAUCCUUUUGGCCGGGCGACGAUCCGUACUGGGAAGCCGUGGAUCUGUGGUACUGGGGAACGGGUGACUACGAGUGGUAUUCGCCCGAAGCGGUGAACACCACAGGCGGGGCUUUGGUCAUUGCAGUGGAGGAAAGAGAGACCAACAACAAGAACUUCCGCUCAGGCAUGGUGCAGAGUUGGAACAAGGUCUGCUUCCAAGGCGCUUACUACGAGAUCUCUGCUCGUCUUCCUGGAUCGCCUACUGUUCCUGGUCUGUGGCCCGGUCUCUGGACACAAGGCAAUUUGGGGCGUCCUGGCUACGGCGCUACCAACGAAGGAAUGUGGCCCUACUCGUACCAAGGGUGCGACACGGGCGCCCUGCCCAAUCAAACCUUUGUCAACGGCACCGGCCCACCCGCCGCCCUCAGCGCACACGGCCUCUUCUCUGGCAGCUACAACAAUGAGCUCUCCUGGCUUCCCGGAAUGCGCUUCACCUCGUGCAACUGCCCUGGCACCGAACACCCGGGCCCCCACCGCGGCAUUGCACGCUCCGCUCCAGAGCUCGACAUCCUCGAAGCCAAGAUCGACGUCGCCGGUGGACACGGUGAGACGUCCCAGUCUCUGCAGAUGGCGCCUUUCGACGUUGACUACUACUACGGGAACAGCACGGCGAGGGGAGACAUUCGCAUUUGGGACGCCAACACGCGCUUGAACGAUUACAAGGGUGGUGCGAUCCAGGAGGCGGUUUCUGCGCUCAGUCAGGUACCUCCUAUUGCUUACGAGACGACGCCGGGAGGAAGAUACAUCACGUUUGGCGUAGAGUACGCUCCGGACUGGAAGGAGGACGGCAACGCGAACGUGACGUGGUACAUGGACGGCAAACCCACGUGGACCUUGUACGGCCAAGCUAUCGGUCCUGUCCCCGAGCUCGACGUCAGCCAACGCCUUGUUCCCACCGAACCUAUGUUCAUGAUCCUCAACGUGGCCAUCUCCGAGUCUUUCCAGGUGCCCGACUUUGACCUGCUUCGAUUCCCGGCACACAUGGCCAUCGACUACGUCCGCGUCUAUCAACGUGAUGGUCAGCCAGAUCGUGUCGGCUGCGAUCCUUCUGACCGCCCGACGUACGAGUACAUAGAGAACAACCGAGAUAUCUAUUACGACAGGAACAGAACCGAGUUCCCCAAGUCAAAGAUACCAAAGAACCGACUCCAGGGAUGCUAG